GUUUAAUAGGGCCGCAGAGAGGCGAGCGGACAGACUGCAGGCGGGCUCCGAGCGUCCUCUCGCUUUGCCGUCGUUACUGAAGUCUGAGAGAACCAGAGAUGCUGCCGGUGAACGGGACGGACUUCCGGCUGUCCGAGUACAGCUUCGAGCGGCGCUUCGACGAGCGGGGAGCGAUCGAGUGGAUGCAGGCCAACUGGAAGAGCUCGUUCGUGUUCUGCGCGCUGUACGUCGCCCUGGUCUUUGGAGGGCAGCACUACAUGAAGACACGCCCCAAGCUCAACCUGCGCCGGCCGCUCAUCCUCUGGUCACUGAGCCUCGCCAUCUUCAGCAUCAUCGGGGCGAUCCGGACCGGUCCCUACAUGUUCCACAUCCUGAGCUCCAACGGCUUCAGACAGUCCAUCUGUGACCGGAGCUUCUACAAUGGCCCGGUCAGCAAGUUCUGGGCGUACGCCUUCGUCCUCAGCAAGGCUCCAGAGCUCGGCGACACGGCGUUCAUCGUGCUGAGGAAGCAGAAGCUGCUCUUCCUGCACUGGUACCACCACAUCACCGUGCUGCUCUACUCCUGGUACUCCUACAAAGACAUGGUGGCCGGUGGCGGCUGGUUCAUGACCAUGAACUACACCGUGCACGCGCUCAUGUACAGCUACUACGCGGCCCGUGCCGCCGGGCUGCGCGUGCCCCGCCCCUUUGCCGUGCUGAUCACCAGCGCUCAGAUCGCUCAGAUGGCGAUGGGCGUGGCGGUGAGCGCGUUGGUGUACCGCUGGAUGCAGCAGGGAGACUGCCCCUCCAGCCUGGACAACAUCGUCUGGGCCGCCCUCAUGUACUUCAGCUACCUGCUGCUCUUCUCCAACUUCUUCUACCAGACGUACCUGCGCCCCGACGCCAAGACCACCAAAACCCAGUAAAACCAGCAGAACCAGCCAGGAGGUUAAAAACUGAAGCUGCUAGAACAUGACCUUUUUUUUUUUUUUUUUUUUUUUACCAGUUUUUACUGGACAGGAUGGAAAAACCUGUGAACGACACUGUGAGGGGGCGGGGCCAACACACAGCUACACAUAACUUCAUAGUUUAUCUGCCCUUUGAUGCUUUCCGUGUUUCAGUGAUGAUGAGGGCUGGUUUCAGCCUCCUCUUCAGUCAUCAGGCUGGAAUGUCCCCCGAGCACUGAUCCAGCCUCUCCCAGCAUUCCUCCUCGCACUGGUUCCACUGGUUCCACCUGCUCACCACACCUGCCCUCGCUCAUCCGGGUGGAGCACAGACGGUUUCUUUCACUCACUGCAUGUUUGAAGCUUCAUGAAUCCUCACAGAGUUCCUGGUUUGUGACACACGAGCUUGGAGAGGAGGAUGCUGGGAGAUUUUCAGGGUCAGAUGAAGAUGAAGAGGAGCAUCAAGCUGGCGAGCUGCAGAUUCAGAAAACCAGGUUUCCUGCUUUCACAUGACACGCGGCGUUUAAAGACGUCCUGGUGUCUUCCUCUGUUUGCUGAUGUAAGAGCAGUAAUUUGCUCUGAUUGGUCCAUCUCGGUGACACUGGGCAGCGCUGGGCUCUCUGUAACGGAGGGAAACUGCAGGAGGUCCUUAACCUCAGCUCCCUUUAAACUCAAGUUCUGACCUCACUUCCUGUGGCGUUUACAUACGUGAACACGUGAUCAGGAGGUUUUUCCAUCCUUUCUCAUUUCACUUUUCCUUCGUCCGCUGACAAACAGAAGAACCCCUCCAUUUUUAAAAUCUAUUUAUUGAUCAUUUUGUUUACCUGACCUAUGAAGGCACCUGAUUGGCUGCUGGAGACGUCUGACACUUCCUGUGACGUUUACCUGUUUGAGUGUCGGGAUGAACGUUGAUGACGGUUUACAGAGACGUCUUCCUGUGUCUGCAGUCGCUGUACGGCUUUUUAUAGAAUUCUGUUCUUUGUUAUUUUCUAUUUUUUUUUUCUUGACUAAAACAUUUAUUUAUUGUACUGAUGAAAACGAAUAAAGAUGCACUUUUUACGUUUGUA